AAAGCAGCCCUGCGCUGGCGGGAAGGAGCCGCUYUGGCAUGUGGGGACCGCCCGCGCCAACAGCAGCAGUCGGGCUCUUUUGCGGACGAUAUUUUGAUGGCAUGACAAAUCAGAAAGAAGAGGAUGUACUGUGUGACUAGACACAAGAUCAGUUCUGUUUGUGGAUUACAUUUGCAGUAAGAUGUAUGGAUCUAUUUUUUCCUUGUUCUUAUAUAUAGAUCAUGAGACUUGACUGAGGCAAUAUACAUAUCAUCCAUCCAUCUAUGGCGAACUACAGCCAUGCAGCUGACAACAUUUUACAAAAUCUCUCUCCUUUAACAGCUUUCCUGAAACUGACUUCACUGGGUUUCAUAAUAGGAGUCAGUGUGGUGGGUAACCUUCUGAUCUCCAUUUUGCUAGUCAAAGAUAAGACCUUGCAUAGAGCUCCUUACUACUUCCUGUUGGAUCUUUGCUGCUCAGAUAUCCUCAGAUCUGCAAUUUGUUUCCCAUUUGUUUUCACCUCUGUAAAAAAUGGCUCUACUUGGACGUAUGGGACUCUUACUUGCAAAGUGAUCGCCUUUUUGGGGGUUUUGUCCUGCUUCCACACUGCUUUCAUGUUAUUCUGCAUAAGCGUCACCAGAUACCUAGCUAUUGCCCACCACCGUUUUUAUACAAAAAGACUGACCUUCUGGACUUGCCUGGCRGUCAUCUGUAUGGUGUGGACCCUCUCGGUAGCCAUGGCUUUCCCCCCAGUUCUAGAYGUGGGCACCUACUCGUUCAUUAGGGAGGAAGACCAAUGCACUUUCCAGCAUCGUUCCUUCAGGGCUAAUGAUUCCUUGGGAUUUAUGCUUCUUCUUGCCCUUAUCCUCCUAGCCACACAGCUUGUCUACCUCAAGCUGAUCUUUUUUGUUCACGAUCGCAGGAAAAUGAAGCCAGUCCAGUUUGUUGCAGCAGUGAGCCAGAACUGGACUUUUCACGGUCCUGGAGCCAGUGGUCAAGCAGCUGCUAAUUGGCUGGCUGGAUUUGGAAGGGGUCCCACACCUCCAACCUUGCUGGGAAUCCGGCAAAAUGCGAACACCACGGGCAGGAGAAGGCUACUGGUUUUAGAUGAGUUCAAAAUGGAGAAGAGAAUCAGCAGAAUGUUCUACAUCAUGACAUUCCUCUUUCUGACCUUGUGGGGUCCCUAUUUGGUAGCCUGUUACUGGAGAGUUUUUGCAAGAGGGCCUGUAGUACCCGGGGGAUUUCUAACGGCCGCUGUCUGGAUGAGUUUUGCCCAAGCUGGAAUCAAUCCUUUUGUCUGCAUUUUCUCCAACAGGGAGCUGAGGCGCUGUUUCAGCACAACCCUUCUUUACUGCAGAAAAUCCAGGUUACCAAGGGAACCUUACUGUGUUAUAUGAGGGAGCAUCUGUAAAUCUUUAGCCUUGUGAAACACUACCAUUCUCUGCUAAGCAAUUGUGGCCUGUAGCCAUGUCUUGAGAAGAAAAUCAAGAAUGGGAUGUCAGCAGUUGUAAGGAUUUGGGCAACAUUCUGCAGUCUUUGCAAUAGCUCACCUCUAAUCCUGUUUUAAACCUAAACAUGUUCCUGCUGACCACUGCUGAAGGUUUGUAAUUAAGAACAAAGGACUGAACUACUGCCCUGAAUUCCUUUAUGUGGUUGAAAUCUAGAUUAUGAAAGUAGCAGGUGCUAAGUAUCAGUGCUAAAUGCUGUGUAUAUCACUACAUAAAAUAAGACCAUCAAAAAGAUUAGCAUUGGACAUCUUAAUAAAUUAAGUUGAUAUGAGGUUAAUGUGUUGAUAAAACUAAUUUUAGACAUCUGAAGACCUUUAAAACAUUUCAUACAAUUAUUGUUUUGCAAAGACUGAAAUCUGGGGACUCAAGUACUGUAACUGAUUAAAGAUGUGCCAUGCAUUAUUGGAUUAUCACACUUACAAAUCUGUUUGCCUUGUAAGUAAGUUUUGGGGAGCAUUCCAAAGCAGUAUUUUUGUUCAGAUUUAGACUUUACUUUUUUUCUUUUCUUUUCUUUCCAAAUAUAUUACUCUUUCUAAAUACCAUUUUCCUUAACGGUGAGAUUAAUAACAUUUAACUGUAUUCUGUGGUUUUUGCUGAUUUGGUAUAAAGUUUAAUAUAUUCUUAUUUAUAUUUUCUAAAAAGCUAGAUAUCAGUCUGUUAGGCAACGAUAAUGAUAAUAACCAGUCAUAACUGAACAGUUAUAAUUAUACAGAAUAAACACAUGUUGCCUUAAAGGGUUAUCUAGUAUCUUCCAUUUUGUUUAGCAUCGAAGCAAAUAAGCGAGGAAAAUUGAAUCAGUAACUCUGGUCAGUCAUCUGGGAGUGCAUGAAAGAUCACUUAGUCCUUUCAUUUUGAUUUUUUUUUUCCUUUUUAGUCCGAUGGUUCCCAAAAUCAGUAUGCACAUCACUGGGAUGAUACGAUUUUUUUCUAGGUGUGCCGCCCUUUCUAGUUUGUUCCGAGAAACACAGGCAGUUGAUGUAUGUUUAUAUUUUAAGACAGCUGUCAUGGGGAGACCGCAGCCUUAGUAUGAUAUCUUGCACAAUUUGUGAAGCAUUUAUUCUACUGAAGGCACAGUCUUGUUUAUAUUUUCUGCACAUUUUGGUGUAUUGGUUGUUUUAAAUUAUUUAAGUUUUAACUUGUGAAAGCAUAUAAUAUGAUUUCUUAGUAUUUUAGAAAUACAUUAGAGUCUGUGAGUCUUUCCUUCUCUAAGAUACAGAUGUGUGGAUUUCAAUAUAAAGUUGCAUUUGCCAAAAUUUACCUGUGUAGCUUGUUAAUUUUCUUGGAAUAAAAUUUUACAUUUUUCCAGUUAUACAAUUAACCUUUUUUUAUUUUGUCUAGUGAGCUAGCAUGAAGUACUGAGAAUGUAGCCAUUAUGAAUUAUUAUCCUUUGCAGUCACUGUAUUCCCAAACUGUAAAAUGCAUGAAUGAUGGGGACCACAGGAUUGAUAAAUGAUAUUAUCUACAGUAGCACUAUUGUGUAGUUUAUCAUAAUUACCCAUCUAUCUGUUCUAAUAUGUCAGUUAUAUUUAAAGUUACAACACAGUAUUUGACAUAAACUUCACAGUUUAAUUUGGGAAAAUGUGUAUAUUUGAAGCACAACACCAUGAGUCACUUAAUCRUAAAAAACAUCGAUUUUUCUUAAUUUUUGGAGAGACAAGACCAGAGGUCUUAAUUUAGUAUCGGUGUAUCUUGUCCUUURUUGUUGUUUUAUGACCAGCAAGUUAAUACAUACCAACACAAGCAGCAGUCAAUAACGAAAAURCCUAAAUUUAUAUGAGAACAUUAUGCAACAUAUGCAACAAUUCAGAGAGUUCUGUCUAUAUGUGAUCAGACAACUUGAUCAAAGAUUUAGUGAACAAUCUAUUUGACCUCACACUUUAUACUGAGGUUGAUUGGUUGAGAGGCAUGGCUUAAUAUACUGUGUUGAAACAGAAAAAAAAAAAAGCUAAAAUAA